UCCUUGAACUGGAACAAUUGUACUUAUAACGUGGCUCACAGGGGUACGCCUGGUUUUUGCAACAACACAAACACAUAAACAUGUGAAGUUAAUGUCAACAUAUUCCCCUUUUGACGUGUGCGCACCUUUUGUACUGAGUGCCUUUUUGGCAGCUGUUGGGAAUGUGACAUUCUGUAAAACAUUUUUUAAGUCGAUGUGUUGGACUUCCACUGAGUUCACAUCUGUGUGUGUGGGUAUAUGUGGGGGUGUGCCCCGCCUGUAGCACUGAGGCAACUAACUUCUGUAGGUAACGUGACAAAGCUUGAAAGACUGGAUGAAGAGAAGAGGUGGGAUUUGAACACCUCAUAGAUAUGGCCCAGUUAUAAAGUGCUUCAAGCCUCUCAGCUCACAGUAAAAGCUGAACACAAAGCCUCAGCAGCACUGACAGUAAAGUACCUCCACUGCUUUCCCGAUCCUUGUAAGUAUUGUGUGUUGAUUUGAUCUCAAUUGGUGGAUUGCACUUUUGUGUAUUUGCUUCUGUCUAUGAAAAGACGCGCCAUUAACUAUGUGAUUCUCUCUUUCUUGUCCAGGUUGAAAUGGCUGCUGAGAACUUUACCUCGGGUCCCACUGACGCCUCUCCGAACGGCAGCAGCUGUGACGUCUUCGUCUACCAGAGGGCCGCAGUGGUCCUCUUCCCUAUUUUCUACUCUGUCGUUUUUAUCAUCAGCGUGUGUGGGAACUGCCUGGUGCUCUGUGUCAUCUGCCAGAGGAAGCAGAAGUUCAACUCCACGUCGAUCUACUUGGUGAACCUCGCGCUGUCUGACGCUCUUUUCACGCUGGCGUUGCCGGGUAGAAUCACCUACUACAUCCGUCACUUUGACUGGCCCUUCGGUGACCUCCUCUGCAGACUCACCACACUUCUCUUCUUUGCAAAUACAUAUGCAGGCAUUGGCUUCAUGACCUGCAUCAGCCUGGACAGAUACCUAGCUAUGGUGCAUCCUCACCGCCUGCAGUGCUUACGCAGCACAAAAGUCGUCCGCAGGGUCUGCUGCCUGGUCUGGUUUCUCGUCUCUCUGCAGGUCUCCCCGUUGUUAUUCCGCAGCAUGCUGCACGUGAGGGGCGAUAAGCGGACCUGCAUGGAGUACUUUAACUUCGAGGGCUCUCGCUGCACCCCUUACCUCCUAAUCCUGGCGUGCUUCCUCUCUUUUUGCUGCCCGCUCACGGUCAUAAUGGCGUGCUACGCUCGGAUCAAUCUGAAACUGCGGGAUGCGGCCAAGAAGAACUCUGUGACGGGCCGAACGAGCCGAAACCACAGGGCCAACACGAUCAUCCUCCUCAUCCUUCUCACAUUUGUUCUCUGCUUCAGCCCAUACCACCUCAACAUAAUGCAGUUCAUGUUCAGAAAGAUCAGCCAUCAGCCGACUUGCGAGGAACUCACAGCCUUUAAGAUGUCCUUGCAGAUUACAGUCUCGUUAAUGAACAUCAACUGCUGCCUGGAUCCUGUCAUUUACUUCUUUGCCAUAAAGACGUACAAGAAGAGAGUGAUGAGCCUGUUUAAGGAUUAUCUGUAUACUUCCGCCGCCUCCUCCAAGACAGCCGAGAAUAGCAGCAGCAACACCUGAGCCAAACCGCAGAGAAAAACCAAGCAUAAGGGGUUAUAAAAAGACCCGUUUUCUCUCACCUGAUGAGGAUGUUCCUGCAAAAUGACUCUCGAGUCUUUGGUGGUGGACUUUAUGUUCAGAUUCAGCAUUAAUGGUUUCAUUUUGGCUGCAUUUCAUACUGCCUUUGAGAUAAUUCUAUGGAUUUUUGGAGUUUAUAUUGUCUAAACUCCAGUUGUAUAUAUGUAUGUGUGUAUUUUCCUCCUAUUGUAUUUGUUUCCUUUAUGCAAAAGUUUAUUACCACAAAUGAUAAACCACUAGUAUUAGUAAUAGUGGAAAGAUGUGGUACAACUCUUUGUUUUCUGUGUUCGAAGUUCGACGAAGUGCAGAAUGAAUUAACUGUCAUUUCAUGCAAUAUUAUUAUAAUAGUACGUAUUUUUUUUCUAAAUUAUAGCAAUAUUUUGAUUACACGGUGUCUAUAAAAGAAAGAAUGCGGUUGAGUAAGCUCUACUAAAAUCAAGGACAAUGUGCACUGCAGCAGCUUACGCCCGACGGCAAAAAUCUAACAAUAUGCAUGAAAUUUGCCAAAAUGAGAACAUGUUGCAUUUCUAUUUGCCACCCACAUUUGUCUUCUGUGUAGGAGUACGUAGAUGAAAAUCACCACUUCCUCACCCACCUUUCCUGCUCCCCCAUUCAGGGGCCUCAUUCCUGCUGCCUUCCACAUCUUGCGGCGAGGCUCUGGUGUGCGUGUGGGUCGAGCAAACAUGCGCAGGUGUACUCUUUGUUUCGAGCAAGUCCCAUGUUUAACCUUAACCUUUAGCACUUCCUGAGCUUUUGGAAAAGAAGCCCGAUAGGUUUGCAUGAAACUGUAUGAAGAAAUUGUGUAAUACGCCAAGAUUGAAGUAGUUAUUGUGCAAUUAUGUCACAAGGGAAGACAUGUGGGUUAAGUACAUUU